UAGUUUUAUGAACUAAGCUUGAACAAUGAUGGAUUUUCUUCUUAGGUUAUGGUUUUUUUUUUGUAGUACUGAAAGUAGUUCCAUCAAAGUCUAUUCAAAAUGAAACAGUUGCUGAUAGCAGAAUGGACUUAAUGGAAAACUCCUUGGAGAAAAUGGAGCAGAGGAUUUUAAAUCUGACCAAUGAAGUUACAAAGUUAUCUAAAAGAAAGAAGGAUGAACAUGUAAUGUUUUAUGUGACUUUGUCAUCGGAUACUGUACUAAACAUAAAUUCUAUCGUGAAAUUCAACGAGAUUCAGUUUGAUGAAGGAGCAAACUUCAACUCUGGAGAUGGUGUAUUUGUAUCAACUGUAUCUGGUGUCUUUAUGUUCGCUUGGACAAUAUGCACAUACCAAGGGAAAAUUAUUGAUACAGAACUCAGAGUUGAUAAUGUUGUAAAAGCUGAGCAAAUCCUAAACUUAGGAUCAGCAGCUGGGUACAUUCAAACUUCUCAGUUUGUUAUUUGCCAAGUGAAUGAAGGUGAUCAUGUUUGGAUUCAAACAGGACAAGAUUAUACCAGUGAAAAUACCUUUGAUGAAAAACAUGGCAGUAAAAGUUCAUUUAUGAGCAUUUUGAUUCACAAGAUUUAAUCAAGUGGCAAAAACUUUCAAAGACUACAAUCAAUAUUGUGACAAUCCGUUAAUUUGAGGAUGGCUUCUAAUCGUUUUUUAAUAAAACAUCAUUUAUAUUCUAUUAUCAUUACAAUCACAUUAAGUAAAAAGAAUAAUAACAAUGAAAGUAAGAAACUGGAAAAUAUUUAAUCAAACUCAUUUGAAUAUUUCAAAUUUUAGCAAGAUUUAUUGGUAAACAUAUGCUAUAAAUAACCAGAAAGUUGCAUCAUUCUACAGGUACCAGUCUUGUAUUACAACUCCAGUUUCCGGUGCAUGUCAAAACAUGGCGCGAAAUAAAAUAGUCCAUUUUU